GGUGGACGUUACAGGGUACAGCAACUCUGUUCAAGACUCUGAUGUCCCCAUCGGAUCUGGGGUUACCGCCUACGAUCACCCCACAGAAGGUACCAUCCUACUACGGUACCAUGAAGCUACAAUCCACAAGCAGGCUACAACACUACUAUCAGCUUUUCAGAUGAGAGAAGCUGGCCUCUAUGUUAGUGACACUGCCAGGCGCCACGGUGGAGACUCUUGCAUCAUUCUAGAUGAUAUUGUCAUCCCUCUCUAUGUCAGGGGAGCCUUGCUGGGCUUCCCCAUCAGAAGGCCCACAGAGGAAGAAUUAUCCACACUUAGAGCUUAUGAAAUAACUAGCCCCAUGGUGUGGAACCCUGAAACUUUUGUGGAAGAGUCAUUGACCCAGAGUGAAUUUGCAACCUGGGAAAAUUCCAUCACAGCCCACCUCAACCACACAGCAACUACCGCCAAACGCCCUACAGUAAAGGAUGUCCGACCCUACUUCCUCAAUCUACCUGAGGAUACUGUGCAGCACACUAUUGAGGCUACCACUGCCUAUGGAGGCAUAAACUCCCAUUUUCCAAUGAGAAACCAAGUCCAGUCCAUGAACCCAGUUCUCCAACGCCGGCGCCUCCCAGAAGGUUUUGCAACCGACACCUUCUUCUCCACAGUCACCUCCUAUGAAGGAUACAACGCCUGUCAGAUUUUCUAUGGCCUCGAUUCCCACUCUAUUUUUGUCUAUGGCUUGGGGAGUGAAAAGGAUGGCCCGAAUGCCCUCCUCGAUUUCUUCAAACAAGUUGGUGUCCCUCCAUCCAUCCUUCGGGACAACUCCAAGAUGCAAAUGGGCAAGGUGUGGACAGACUACAUGCGCAGGUAUUGGUCCAAGGACAAGUUCACCCAGCCUUUCAAGCCAUCCCAAAAUCGUGCUGAGUUUGGAAUUGGGGUGUGCAAGGGGAGUGUAACCAAGAUGAUGAUCACAACGGGUUGCGCACCCCAAGCCUGGGCAAAGGCCAUCCAACACGCCGCAGACUUGGACAGAAACACUGCAAAGGAAUGCUUGGGAUGGAGGACACCCAUUGAAAAACUUACUGGGCAGACCCCAGACAUCUCCAAUCUCAUCAAAUUCAAGUUCUGGGAUGUAGUACUGUACCAUGAGCCUACCCACAAGUUCCCUGGACAAGCAGUUGGUGGAAAUGAGAGGCUUGGAAGAUGGUUGGGCAGGGCUCUGGACCAUGGUGAUGGGAUGUGUUCUUGGAUCCUAACCCUUGAAACUGAGCAACUCAUUGUCAGAUAUGCGACUGGGGAGAAGGACCCCAGCACCAAAACUGGGGAGGAACCCAAGUUCAAGGCUCCCCCAGCAGAAGUACCCAAAGAAACCAUCAAGGACCUGAUCAUCUGGGACCGCAUCCCCAAUAAAAAAGGCGUAGAAAGAGAUGUAAAAGGUCAUAUUAAAGAGGUCUACAAUUAUGAGGAUGGUACCACCCAAUCAAGGGUGGAAUUCAAGGGUGGGAAGCAGAAGAUCUAUGAGUAUGAAGAGAUCGUGAAGAUGCUACCCAGGUCAGAUGAUGCUGAUGCAGAAUACUGGGAUUUUGAUAAGAUCCUAGACCACAAAUGGUCCCAACAACCUGGUAGACAAGGAAAGAUCGAUGUCAAGGUCAAGUGGAGUGGUUUCCCUGAGGAUGAGGCUACCUGGGAACCGAUGGAAGUGAUCAGGAAGGACAGCCCAACAGUCCUUGCAGAGUAUGCAGCACUCAAAGGCAUUGUCCAUGAGUCCAGGUGGAAAUGGGCCCACAAGUAUCUGAAGAACAGGAAGAAGUUCAUCAGGAUCAGAAAGCAAUGGAGGCUGAUGAAAAAGAGGAAACUGGUGGUGCUGUCAGAAAUGAGUUUGGAGUGA